CAGAGAGAAUAUUUUCCCGAUAAAAAUGGGCCCUUCUGUCAAACAAUCGCAUCAAUAUUUCGCCUAGGUAUUGUAUACUUACCGUUUUAAUAACGCUGAGACAUUACUCUAGUCUUCAUAUACCUAAGGUAAUGAUUUUUUCUAAUUGAGUUUUAUGCCCUUUAAUGAGUGAGAUAUUUUGUUAACAUUAAGCGAACAAAUUAUUUUAGACAUAAUGUGGUUUCAUGGUAUAAACUGAUGGGAUCUGUGGACAGAUUUUUUUCUUAACAUAUAUGUAUGUAGCUCAAUGUCUUAACUUUCUAUGAAUUGGUAGAAUGCAUAAUGCUUGGCUGUUCUUAAAAUUGGCGCUUUCUUUAUAACUGGUUUUUAUUUCAUUUUGGAAACAAAUUUUAUUAUUAUAUUAUAUUGUGCCGGCCCUGUUUAGCAAAUGAAUACAUGCAUCUAUUUCUAUUGAAGAGUUCUAAAUAAGUGGUUGUGUGUAUGUAGGUAUAUGUUCUUGCGUCGAUAUCUAUUUACGCAAUUUUCUACUCAUACUUUUAAUACCCUUUACAUACACUUGCUUAUGUUUGUAGCUGCCUUACUUGAUAACAUAUGGGUUAUGUGCAUCUUGCUGUAUAAUACAUAAUAUAUAAGUAAGUGUUUUAUACAUUCAUACACAUAUAUAUGUAUAUGUGGUUUAUGAAUGCAGGUGUGCACAUGCUCCGGCCUUUUUAUGAAAAGGCAAAUAUUGACCUGCUAAGGUGAGAUGCACACAGAGGCUGUACACAUUGAAAUUUAAUACUUUAUAUCACCAGAAACGUUCAGUAUACAAAAUUAUUAAAAUAUUUUGCCUGGAUAAAAGUGUAUAGGACGGUUAUGUAGAAAAUAUAGGCAGUUACAUUAAAAUUUUCUGUAAAAUGCCCUUCAUAUACUUAAUACUUAAAAAUUAAAUUUGUUUACUGGUUUGUAAUUAAUUUAUAAUUAAAAUAAAAAUUAAGUUUUCUUAAUAAUAUCUAAAUAUAUGUAUCUCCCAAAAACUAGCCAGGAGACUUGCUUAAGUCAGGUUUUUAAUCGGUUGGCAGCACUAUUUCAAAAUAUAUUUAAACCGAAGACUUCCUCAUGAGUUUCUGGAAAGAUAUUUUGCGCCUUACAUUUAGUACACAUUAAGUAAUUUUAUCUAAAAGUGGCAACAAUAUUCAAUUUCUUAAUGAAAAUUAUAAUUAAAAGCUUGUCAGACUACUUGAUUAAAUGUAUUUUCAGUUGUUUCAUCGGUAGGUGGCUCUAUUUCAUAAUAUAUCUAAACUGAAGACUUCUACAUGAGUUUCUGAAAAAAUUUGUUGCGCCUCAAAUUUGGCACAUUUUGCAAUAUUUUCUAUAGUUGGCAACAAUAUUAAAAUAAUUUUUUUAAUUAAUUAAAAUUUUUUUUUAUCAUAAGCUUUCCAAAAGACUUACUUAAUGCCGUUAGUGAAUUUUUUCAUCGGUGGGUGGCAACUAUAUUUGAAAAUAUGUCUAAAUUAAAGACUUCUAAAAGAGUUUCUGGAAGGAUUUUUUAAAGACCUUACAUUUAGUACACAUUUGUAAUGUUUUCUAAAGAUCUUAACAAUCUUCAAAAAAUAUUUUAAUUUAUGAAUAUUGUUUAUUGGGUUGGUGGCAACUUUAUUUCAAAAUAUAUCUAAAGUGAAGACUUAUUCAUGAGUUUCAGAAAAGAUUUUUUAAAUACUUUAAAUUUUGUACAUAUUUAAGAGGUGACAACUCUGUUCUUAGUCGACAAAAUAUAUAGAAUAGUAUACUUAAAUGCCUUAUAUUUUUAAUACUACGGAUUCAUAUAGGUCACCUAUCCAUUCUACCAUCUCUAUUUUGACAUAUCUCCAAAUCAAAGCUUUCUUAGAUUGAUACUCGCGCCCAAGUUUACAAGAUUUAGGACUAAAAACUAUUAAGUUUAUAAGUAGCUUUCAUUUUUCUCUACUCGUAUUAUCUUUUAUUCAUUAUAUUUGAUAUGUUUUCCCCCUGUACCCAUAAAGGUAGUAUAACAACAUUGCGUAAAAGCUCUUCACUCAAUAAAAGAAAACAUCAAUCGACAUUUAAUGAAGAGUCUUAUAAUUACUAUCUAAUUACUCUCUCUUUUGCUUGUCUUUUAAUUUUUUAUAUCUUCUUUUAAAUUCAUUGAAACAUAAAAGCUUUUGUAUGGUAUAUGGUUCUGAGUAUAAAUGCGAAUAAAGUUUAUUUUAAUUAGUGCAAUUAAUGUCAGCAAAUUGUACCAAUGGAGGUGCUUACUUCAUUACUAUAUGCUGAGUGUUUGAGAUAUUCUGCAGAAUUCAGCAGAACAACAAAUAUGGAAAUGUCAUCAGAGUAGAUUUACGUAUGCAUGUACAGGGUGAGGCACUAAGAUAAAAGAAAAAAGUAUGAUUUGAUUUUAGAUGAUUUUAUUAUGGUCAUUACUUCUUGGUUUUCUUUGCGGUAGAAAUUGUAUGUGCUUCGAAAUACCAACAUGGGUCUUUAUAGACAGUGAGAUCAAUUAUAUACAAGUAGGAUAGCUUUUAAGAGGUAUAAAGGUUUGUAAAAUAAGAAAAUAUUAAAUUGAUCAAUAAAUUAGCUUUAUUAGGUUGAAUAGUACAUAGUAUUUAGUAUUUAAAUUCAACUGAAAAAUGGAAAAUGGAGUUUAAUAUUCAGAAAAUAACGAAGACGAUCGUGUUGAUCUCAUUUUCCACUACUUUGUCCCAAAUCAAAUCACGUCAUUUCAACGCACAUUGCUCCUGUGUAUGUCUUUAUAUGGUAAUUUUCCAAAAUUUACUGAGGGUAAAUGUGAAACACAUAUUUUCAGUUUAAUUGCAGUUUUUACAUAUAUGCCUCAAGGAAAUUCUAUAGCCCCCUGUACAGAAUCAAACCCACAACCUUUUAUAUAUGUACAUUUUUAUAUCCUGAACAGGGUGUGUUAAGUUUGUCACGAAGUUUGCCACACCAAGAAGUAAACAUCGGAUACCCUAUAAAAUGUAUACACAUAAGUAAAUGAUCAGCGCGACGAGCUAUAGCUUUUUUAUUUGACAAGAUAUCUUCACGAAAUUUGGGAAAAAUUAUUGUCCAAAGCAACGCAACAAUUUCGAAAAAUCGAACUACUAUAGCAUAUAGCAGCUAUAAAAACUGAAUGAUCAAAAUCAAGUUAUUGUAUAGAAAACGUUUUAAUUUUUGAAUGGUAUUCUAGCUUCGGUGCAGUCUUGUUUAUAUAGAAGUAUGUAUAUAUAUGUAUAUGUGUAUAUAUUUAUUGUAUUCAUAAUAUUUAUAUGUAUAUUUCUUUAGAAGUCUUUAGAUUGAUUACAUUACAUUUGUAAACAUUAAAUUUAUUUUAAAUUUUACGGUCCAUUAAGCAUCUGUAGGAAAAAGGGGAAUUCUGAUUUAGUGUAGUGCAUAUACAUAUUGGUUCUUAUGUACGCAUAUAUAUAUUUGUUGUAUAUUUCUGCCUUUUUGCGAUAAACCUUCAAAAGUCACAUGAUUUUAUAUCCGCUGAAUGUAACAAAAAUGCCUUUCGAUGGAAAUGACAAGCAAAAGCAAGAGCAAUCUCAAAUAUUUAUACAUACAUACAUAUAUGCAUGAAGAUAGGACCUAUAUGGCUUUGCAUAUGUAAAUAUCAUACCACACUUAUGGAUUAUGUGCUUUACUUGGAAAAUUUUGCGGUGCGCGAUGAGGACACUAACGUUUUUUUCAUUUGCAUAUUUUAAUUGAUUCCUCUUCAUUUUGUACUUUAUAUCUUUAUCCGCAGCUGUGUUGAAUGACUUUAUGAAUAAAUUAAAUUGGGAAAUAGGACAAAUAUUGCUUGAUGAACUUUCAUUGUCGAACAUCAAAUAUGUUGUAUUCAAAUAUGUAUUAACCCUAGAAAGAUAACGCUUUUACGACUGAGCAAAGUGCGCUUUUGAAGUUGUUUCGAACGCAAACGAAAGUCUGAGAGCGUAAACAAAUAUGAGUACGUCAUUUCGACGUAUCGUUACUUAGUAGAGUUAAUAAAUAUUUUAAUACAUACAUACAUACACAUAUAUAUACUUGUUACACAUGUAAGGACGAGUUCGUAGAUGGGCGUAAUCGGGUCACUGGUGGGUGAAAACUUACCCUAGCCGCCGUGGCACUAAUCGAAGAAUUUUCAAAAAUCCUGUUGAUUUUACUCCAUAUACGAGCGACGGUAUGUGAGGUACUUUAAUGAAACUCCGGAAGCAUUUUAUCCUAUCUCUCAUAUACCUAACAUAAGAUUUCAAAACUUCCGGUUGGCCUUGUGCCAUAUAUAUCAGUCAAUAUGUAAGAUACCUUAGCAAAAUUAACUGAUUAAUACUCGAUAUACUAUAGUUCAACGUAUAAUAUUGGAUAUACAAUAGUUUAAUGCCGAAAAUAUGUGAAUUUAGUCUACGACUUAUUCUAACUCCCAAAAACUACAUAUAUUGAUUUUCGUUAUUUUAACAAACCUUAUGCCGAAAAUGUCGUUCAAUGUGUGUAUUAUAUAUUUAUAAAAUUGUUUGAAAGUAUGAUCUCAAGUAUACCUCAGCAAUGUCAAAAUUAAUUCAAUUAGCCCAUCCCUUUCUCUGUACCCAAUAUAGUAUAAUACUUUUCGACUUUCAACCUGACAAAAUGUGUGAUACUUUAAUAAAACUGAAUGAACAAUUUUCUUAAAAAUUGUGUGGGAAUAUGAAUGAAAUUGGUCUAAGCCUCAUAUCCCUAAUAUAUUGAAUUCUCAUCUUCCGACUGACGUUUUCACGUUGAUAUCACAUACAUAUAUCAUAGUUGAGAUGUUUUUAAUAAACUUUUAACUGACGCGAACUAAAAUAUAGCAAUGAAAUAAAGUCUAAGAUAAAGAUACCAAAUUUGAUUGUAAUUUAUUUACGAUUUCUUUGAAUAGCGAAGGUUGAAUUCUUUCACAACAUUUUUUAAUUUACAUAAAAUCUUGCCAGCACCUGAAUGAGCUUCCCGGGCUUUGAUUCUUGCAAGUUGCAAAGUUACACCCGAAACUAGCUCUUCCUUACUUGUUUCUAAUUAUAUUCUGUGGUAUACGUCUUACGGCUGAGUAGUUAGUAAUUGAAUAUUCCUUCAUAAAAAAGUGAAAUAAGCAUACAGUAAUAAUUGAAUAUUGAAAGUAAAUUAUAAAGCUUUCAAAUUAAUUGAGUAGCAUUCAUACAUUCGCACAUUCAUACCAACGGACAUUUAAGAUUGUGAACAAGUUAAUUUAUAUGAAUGAAAUGACAAUGAGCGUGUGCUACAGAAGUAUAUAAGUACAUAUCUAAACUUUUACGUGUCCUACAGAGAAACGAGGCUGAUGAAAUGAAUAACUCGUUCAGAAGUAGAGUGAUUUUGUCAUAUUCGAACCAGAACCUAAUGGUUCAAAAAUACCUAUAAUUAAAUACGACUAAUGAAAUUACUACUUCAUACUACUUAGUUCGACUCUAUAAAAAGGGAUAAAGUUCAAAGAAAAUAAAUUGAAACUUAGUUGGGCUUUGCAGUGUUAAAUUUGUCAGCGCAUACGCACGAACUAGUUAUGAUGCAUAAUGAACCACAACCUGACAAGGUUUGAAAUAGUAUAUUUUCCGGUCGCGUAGUUGCAUUGCAAUUGUGCGCAACAAUCAAUGGUUGUAUUUAAUAAAAAACUACGUCGCUAUUACAAUUGCAGAUAUGUAAGAAAAUUGGCUCGUGCUGAUUUAAUCAGUGUUGUCUCUUGCUGUAAUAUCAGGGAUGUUUGUCAGGCAACAGUGCGACUCAAUCAUAUUUUAUUGGUAUAUAUUGCAGUAUGUACUUAUGCAUGCAACCGCAUGGUUUGUUCAACACUACAUAAGAUAUGCAUACAUAUGUAUAUGUAUAUGACGUUAACCAACUGAAAGUGCAUACUCUUCAAUAUUCAAGUGGAGUAUGAAGACAAGACGAUCUUUAGACGUUAUGUAAGACAUUGACAUUCAUAAGAUAGUGGUUUAAGGAAUUAAAAUUAUCAUAAUGCAUAGAAUACAGAUUGAUAUUUGUAACUGAAAUUAAAAAUAUGUCAACGUAAUGCUUAUUCUUAUUUAAAAUUAAUAUUACUUGCAUUUUAUUGAGUUCUGUUUGACACGUGCAGCUUCAUCUUAUCAGGUUGACUAAUGAGUUCUAGGAGCUUAUUCUUAUAUAGAGCUGAUAUUUAAUAAUGCAUCAAAUUACGUAUUAGCAGCAUUCGUUAAGUCAGUUACGUAUAACUGACUACUUCAUAAUAUAUUUUUGUUCAUAAUUAAAAGAGCAUAAGUCGAUUUACUAUUUUUAUCUGUCAUUAUAUAAUGUCAGCUAUUAUAUGUACCUAUUUAUGAGAAAUUUAGAUUACAACAAGAAAAAACGUUAACUUCGUCUACAACCUUCACAACUGCAUUUCUUUUAGCAUAAAAUAGUAAAAAAAAUCUUAAUUAUUAUUUUGACUCGUCAGUUUGUUUGGCAGCUAUAUGCCAAGUGAUCUGAUCUGAACAAUAUGUUUGGAUAUUGUAGUGUUGCCUUGUAUAACAAUCGAUGCCAUAUUUUGAAAGAGCUUGAUUUGGAUCGUUCAGUUUGUAUGGCAACUAUAUGAUAUAGUAUACGAUAUAGGCGAUUCCGACAAGUAAGCAGCUUCUUGGGGAGGAAAGAACAAAUGCAAAAUAUCAGAUCGAUAUCUCGAAAACUAAUUGACUAAUUAGCGUAUAUAUAUAGAUGGAAGGACAUCGCUAAAACGACUUUACAUACCCUGUUAUAAUGAUAUUUUUAAGACCCUAAAGUGUCUUUGAACCAAGGAAUUACUAAAUUUGGAUAUGCUAGACUGGUCUAACAUCUGAAGUAGAAAUUUAUGAUUUUUUGUUAGCGCAUUUUUUCUAAAAGCACACAUAUAUGUUCCUUUGGUUAACUUAUAAACCUUAUCAACAAUAAUUAAAAUCGAUCCCUAACUUAAUUCACUCUGCAAACAAUAAAUAGUCCAAUUUCUUCUCAGAUUACAAAAACUGAGAGACAAGGAGAGAGUGAUAAUCGAUUUCUACUACAAUAUAUACAAUAUAUUUACGCGGUUUUGAUUUAACACUUCAUAUAUAUGUAUAGAUUUAUCUAUUUUAAACUAGUAUGAAACUGAUGUAAGUAUCUCUAAUGGACGACGGUAUGUGAGGCUGGCUAAUAUAUCGCUGAUCGAAAUCUGACAGGCGAAAUUUCGUAAAACAACAGCAAGUAAAAACACCAAUUGUUUGUAUGAGAAAAAUACAGUUGAUUGUUAAGUUGUAACUUUGGUUCAACUAGUUGUAAAGUAGUUUACGGGUUGUACGACAAGGUUUAUACUUCAGCUUACAAUAAAUGAUAAACGAAGCAGAAAAACAAAAACAAUGCAUUAUACAAACAUUUCUUCGGCAUUUUAUUUUAUCCACUCUUCAAGUGCGUCGAAAGAGCUGACUCAUAUAUUUUAACAGUCAGCAGUAAAAAUUAUGAAUGAGCAUCGGAAGGUACAAAUAAUUUAUAAUGCCAUACAGAGCUAUACAUAUACAUAUAUAUUUAUAUACAUAUACAUAUGUGUAUAUAUAUAUAUAUACCGUAUAUAUCUGUAUAAAAGAGGGAAAACGUGCAGAAUGCGAUAUAUAUGUGUUUAUUUAAGACAAUUCCAAUAAGUGAAUUUGUUGAAUUUUUAGCCUUCAUUCGUAAAUAUACUUACAUAUGUAAUCUAAAAAAUUUUUUCACACACACACCAAUUAUAGGUAUAUGUAUAAGUAUAUAUGUAAGUAGUUAGCAGAGUCGAGCCCCUCUGUUUGAUAUUCACAGGUUUCGUGUUACCUGCUUAUAAAAAGCGGAGAGCGAGAGAUUAUGUACUUUUGAAAUUAAAUAAGGUUAUUUUUAUCUAGUAUACCCUCUAAGAAAGAUUUUAUAAUUUAUUAUUUAAAUUAUAGAUACAUUGAAGCUCAAAAAUGAAACAUAACAGUUAAUGUUUUGAACAAAUUUUUAUUGUAUUUUUUAAAAAAAUGAUUUUAGAGCGCUAAAAUAAAUGAAAAAAAAACCUGACCCUGAACAGACUUCUAAUGGUAUAUUGGAAAAUAAUGUUUGCAAUAUAUGUUCCAAUUGUUUUUUUCAAGUAAACUUAGCUAAAAAAUUGUACUCUAUUCCAUUUAAACUUGGCGCCAAUGUUCUACCAGUCCGUCUUCUUGAACAAAUAUGAGCGCAAAGUUCAGUAUUUUAAACCUUCGGACUAUGAUGUGGUAUAUUCAAGCUGCGUUCAAUUAAAUGAUUAGUUUUUCAAAAUGUAGAGUAUGAUUUUAGAAGCCAAAUAAAAUGGAAACAAAUUAAAAUUAACACUCCACUUCUGUUACCUAUUAAAUGUGUCUCUCCAUUAAGAUAAAAACCGGUAGCGGUUGAAUUGACAGACUCAAAGAGGCUUGAUUGCGACAAAAUACAAAUAUUGAGUACAUAUUACAUAUGUAUAUGAAUGUGUGGUUUAUGUACAUAUAUAUGUAUAUUUGGCCUCUUUUUAGAAGAAAUAUUAAAAUUCUAUAUCGCAAAUUAACUGGUUUUCUUGCGGAAUAUCAAAAUUAAACCAGUUGGUGACUAAUAAUUUCAUUAAACAAUAUUCAGGCAUACACAUACGUACCUUUGAUUGCAAUCAGCAAAGACGUAAAGGAUGCGAAGAAAAAAAUUUACAUUGAACAAAAAAAAAAAAAUUGUGUUUAUAUACAUGUACGUAUGUACAUAUGUAUGUAGGUAUCUACAUAUAUAAAAUUGCAAAAAAAAAAAAAACUACAAGAAAAAAAAUUAACUUGAACUUGAGCUUGAUAUGUCAGAUUAGAUGACAGCUAUUUUUCCGAUUCGCUACAGAAUGCCUGAACAAAAAAAAUUCGAUCCGAGGCGCGGCCAUGCCAAAUUUCGUGAAGGUACUUUGCCAAAUAAAAGUUUUCAAAAUCAAAACUCGACUUGGAUCGUUCAGUUUGUGUGGCAGCUAUAUGCCAUAGUGGUCCGAUAUAGGUGGUCCCGACAAAUGAGCAGAUCCUUGGGGAGAACGUGUGCAAAAUUUCUGAUCGAUAUCUCCAAAACUAAGGGACUAGCUCGAACGAAUAUACAAGUAUAGCUAAAUCGACUCAGCUCAUCACGCUGAUCAUUUAUAUACACACUUUAAAGGGUCUCCGACUUUUCCAUCUGGGUGUUACAAAUUUCGUGGCAUACAUAAUAGACUCUGUUCAGGGUAUAAAAAUAUAUAUGCAUAAGGUAAUUUUUGAUUUUUGAACAGCUUUCGAAAAAUUGAAAAAAAAAUGUUAUUCAAAAAAUUGCGAAUUUUUGUGAGCAAAUAAGUGAUUAUAUAACCAAAACAUAACUCUCAUUUAAAGUAUACGAGGUUUGAAAUAAAUUUAUUCGGUAUUAAAAAGAGGUUUAUUUAUACUUAGAUCAUAAUUAUACAAUCAUAUAAUUUCCUGCAGUGUACAUUGGUCGAAACUCCCCCUUUGUUUAUACAUAUACAUGUAUAUUACAGACCACAAUACGAGGUGCGAAACGAAUUUAAAUCAGCUUGAGAAGCAUAAUUCUCGCACCGUGUUCUCUAUUAUCAAGGCUUAUGCACGGAAUUUCUUUAGGCGUGAGUAAUUUUUCUUUUCUGCAACCCCUAAAACAUACAUUUGAAAUAAUUAUUGUAAGUAAAGGUACAGCCGUUUUCAUGAGAACAAAAAACUGCACAGCUGUUUGCCGGCUCAAACUAAUUGCGAUUAUUCAACUACUCAUACCACAGUACAGCUGUGCGAACACUGACAAACGAAGGUAAUCAAUUAAAACCGGUAGUGGAAGACAAAUUUUUCAAAAGAAACCAGUCCUUUACUGAUUGCAAUUCGAGUGGUUAGAAUUGGACUAGUCAAAAUAAUGAAAAUCUGCAAAAGAAAAUUUCCGUAAAGCAAAAAACACCGACGUGAUUAUUUAAUGAGUUUAAGGAGGUUAAUUAAAAAAUUAAAAAAAAACCUCCAUUGUAGAAAAUAUCUUGAAAAUUACUAUGGAAAUUUUCGUUCGUACUCGUACAACUACAACCAACUUCGCUCGAUAUUCUUAGUCCUAUCACAAUGCUUUUCGACUUUAUUAUACCCUGACCAUGGUAUAUUAAGUUUGCCAUGAAUUUUGUAGUCCCCAGAAGGAAAGAAAAAGAGGUCGGAGGCCCUAUAAGUAUAUAUGAUUUAGCCAUGUUCGUCUGUCUGUAUACGCGAACUACGUCCUCAGUGUUUGGGAUAUCGAUCUGAAAUUUUGCGUACGUCCUGUCCUUCCCAAAAGCUGCUCAUUUGUCACAACCGCCGUAAUCAGCGUACAACUGAACGGUCAAAAUCAAGUUGAAUUGAACAAUUUUUAGUUUACAAGAUAUUUUCACGAAAUUUGGGCCAAAAUAGUUUUAAAGCAACACUACAAUUUUCGAAUAAAUUUUUCAGAUCAGAUCACUAAAGCGUAUAUAUAUAUAUAUCAUACAAACAGAACAAUUAAAAUCAAGUCCUUUUAAGGAAGACUAUUUAUUCGACGAGAUAUCUUUACGAAUAUUGCCCAAGGCAACCCUACAAUCUCUGAAUAAAUUUCUUAUAUCGGAUCACUAAUGCUGUCAUAUAAACUGAACGAUCAGGUUUUCUAAAUUGCUGUCAGUAUUGUUAAACCAGAGAACGUAAAAAUAAACGUCCAUUUACGUUCUCUGGUUAAACAUCUUCAGCAAAAUUUUAAUACUCUGUAGUGUUCUUUUUGCACUCGCUUACAAGAUACCUGGAAAUACAUAUAAAUAUACAUCAAACAUUCGGCCAGUGCUUGUGUGAAUCGGUCGUUACGAAAUUGCAUUCCAAUGUUAUAUGACAGAAAAAACUAUUUACAGGGAUGUAAUGACGAACUAAUAUUGGUAACAAACGGGUGACGCUUAUAUAAUGUAAAGUAGCGUCUACAGUGGUGAUAUGGUAGAUCCAAAUACCUCUUCUCACUGCUACCCGAUUAUACGUCAUGUACAUAUAUGUAUGUGAUUGAUUUCUUUUUUGCUCUCUUAUAGACUCACCGCAUUCUUGAUCUAUGUAUAAUGAACAUACAUAUAUAUGUAUAUAUGAUUUAAUAAAAAAGUUUUGCCGCGGCGAAAACUAAUCAGUCGAGUUUGAGCGUUCGAAGCGUUUAAGUCGCUUAAUGUGUUGCUUUCGGUAGAAAUCGUACCUAGCUUGUGCUUUAUAUUCGAUUUGGACUAAAUAUUGCAGAAAUUUAUAUUCUGCUCAAAGUUACUGUUGUUUGUGUAAAGAAAUUAAAAGAAAGUGUGAAAUAUCGAAAAAAUAUGCCACCAACGGGUCUUAUAGCUGUAAAUAGCGAGGAUUGCGAGCGCUGCAAUGAAGACUACGAGGAGGAGUAUGAGUUUCACGCUAGUGUUUGUGUUUGGACCAGAUAUUCCGAUGGCACCGUCAAGCUGCGUAAUUCGAACAUCGAACUGAUGGAUCAAGAUAUUCUCUACCAUCUCGCUUUGGGGAGCGAAAGUCAUGAUUUACACGAAAUGUUCGGUGAUGUUAAAUUUGUUUGCAUGGGCGGAACACCAAAGCGAAUGGAAAAUUUUGCACAUUUCAUUAUGGGUGAAAUUGGUUAUAAAUUACCCGCCGGUACAAAAUUGGAAGAUAUCAGCGCCUAUUCAUAUCGCUACUCAAUGUACAAAGUAGGUCCAGUGCUUUGCGUAAGUCACGGCAUGGGAACACCCUCUGUCAGCAUAUUGUUGCACGAAUUGAUCAAACUCAUGUAUCACGCCAAGUGUCAAGACCCCAUAUUUAUACGUAUUGGCACUUGUGGUGGUGUGGGAGUUGAGGGGGGUACUGUUAUCAUCACCGAAGAAGCGCUCGAUAGCCAUAUGCGGAAUGCACAUGAAUUUACAAUUUUGGGCAAAACUGUUCUACGACCUGCCAAAUUGGAUAAGAAACUGGCACGUGAGCUUAAAGCGCUUGCCAGUGAGGAUGAUCCUUAUGACACGAUUAUCGGCAAAACUCUCUGUACAAAUGACUUCUAUGAAGGUCAAGGUCGUUUGGAUGGUGCAUUCUGCGAAUUCACCGAAACCGAUAAAAUGGAGUAUUUGGAAAUGUUGAGCAGCAAAGGUGUGGUCAACAUCGAAAUGGAGAGCACCAUUUUCGCUGCACUUACAUAUCAUGCUGGCAUUAAGGCGGCAGUCGUAUGCGUUGCGCUAUUAAAUCGUCUAAAUGGAGAUCAGGUAAAUGCACCCAAGGAGGUAAUGCACGAAUGGCAGAAUCGGCCGCAAACGCUGAUUUCGCGUUACAUAUGCAAAACGUUGGCGCAGAAAGGGCAACUGAAGUCACUCUCCCGAGGCUCAAUAAAGUCACCACGACGCUUCAAGCUGGUGCAACAAGAGUCGCAGGCGCAUGAAUAAGCGCCGCAAGCGUUUUAUAAUUACAUGAAAGAAUAUAAAUACUUACAUACCUACAUACUACAUAUUGACGAAGAUCAUUUGUUGCCAGUUAACUUGCCAACUCACAAUGAGUGGUUCAACGCAAGGCAUGCAUUAGAUACUAUAUACCAUACAUACCCACAUAUAAACAUACACAUAUUUACAUUCACAAUAUUAAGAUGAAGGCAAAAUACAAUUAAUUGCAUAUAUGUAGAUGUAUUUAUAAAUAUGUUAACAAGUAAAUUUAAAACUAACAAAACAAAAUGUUAAAGACACUCCAUACGAAACAUUCCAAAAAAAAAAACACAAACAAAAACAAAGCGUUAAAAGACCAAAAACUAAUUGUUAGCCAGUGUUGCACAUGCGAUUUUUUUAAGAGUGUAACAUACAAUGAAACACAGCAAUUUUUUGUAGAAAAAUCAAUUCGCUGAAACGUUUAAGAUAUCGGUAUUGAUAUAUACAUAUGUAUUGUUUAAUACACGCGUUGUUAUGGAAGUGUUGAAAAUUUAAUAUUACUUUUGUAUUUAUGCUUAUUUUAAUUUUUAAGUUAUUUAAUUACUUAAUUGUUUUUUAAGUUCUCGAGGUAUUAAGCAAAAUAAAAAAAAAAUUUCGAAAGAAAAUGAAUCAACGAAUAUUUUACAUUACUUCAAAUUAAGCGAUUGAGACAUAUACCAUAUAUAUAUAUACCGUUCAAUAAUACUUCAAUAAUAAGUGCUCAGUGUAUAUACAUUUGCGAACAAAACAUAUAGUACAUCACUUUUAGUGGGCGUGGCACCUGCUGAUGCAUUUAAAGGGCACACCUAGUGUGAUAUUAAAAAAAAUAGAUUUUUUUCACAUUUCGAUAGGUUAUACUUUUAAAAAUAACAUACUAAAAAUAUAAAACGAUAACUCAAAUAGUUUUUAAGUUUCAGUUUUCUACAGUGCACCCGCUCGGCUAAAUCAGCUACAUCAGUUUAUCUUCAAGCAAGUUAUUGUCGAAACAACUUUAUCGAAUUUGCUGCAGUGAUUACUCGGAGACAAAUGAUCCGAUAACUAUUAAAUCUUUUGUACAUGUUUUGUAUAUAGUUCUCCAAGUUCUCCAGACAGUUUUUUAAUCUGAUCAAAACUCGAAACGACCAAAAUUUUGGAUACAAUUCAACUUUUUUUAAACGCGGCUAUUUUGUCAAUUUUUGUUUUUUAUUUCCAACCGCACGUCCUUGUACGGGCAUUAUCUCUUAGUGAGAACUUUUUUUUUAGGUUUUAUCCACGGAGUAGCCCGGAAUUGUUGCAGCAGUAAAGGAAUUCUAUUUUAGUGCCGUUGGAGAUCGCUCGUAACUCCAAAAAUAUUUAAUUUAUACCUUCUAAAUUUUUUCUGUGCAUUCUGAAGAUAUCUAUUAAUAUACCCCUAAAAUUUUAAAAUAACCUUAAAUUAACAAAAAAAACUAGUUUAUCAACAGUAGUCUUCUCGUUUUAAUAAACUUCCAAAAAACACUCUCUUUUAGGUUAGGUGUGCCCCCUAAAUUCGAAAAUUCGAUUGCAACGUAAAUGUGUAUGCGCACGUGUCUCACAUAUUAAUUGAAAAAAUAAAAUAAAA